AUGAGUGUUGUCAGAACGUUAAGAUUAAUUGCUCUCCAAGCUAGUUCUGUUAGGCAAAUAUUGUUUUCUCCAAAGUAUUUGUUGUAUACAAAUAUUGGUAUUUCUGUUUCAUUAUCUGCUGUGGGAGAUACUUUAGAGCAACACUACGAAAUUUUAAAGGGUGAAUGGAAUGAGUGGUGUCCAAAAAGAACUACGAACAUGGCUAUAUCAGGAAUGUCAAUUGGAAUUUUUUGUCAUUAUUGGUAUCAAGUAUUAGACGCGAGACUCCCCGGAAAAACUAUUGGAACUGUGUUAAAAAAAGUUAUUGUUGACCAAAUUAUUUGUUCACCAUUCUAUAUAGGAAUAUUUUUUAUUACACUUGCUUUAUUAGAACGAAAAAAUUGGUCUGAAUUGAAAACUGAAGUUAAAGAUAAAGCUCACAAGUUAUACUUAGCUGAAUGGAUUGUUUGGCCGCCUGCUCAAAUUAUCAACUUCUAUUUUUUACCUACCAGAUUUCGAAUUCUUUAUGAUAAUACAAUUUCUUUAGGUUAUGAUGUAUAUACUAGCAAGGUUAAACACAAUCAUUAA